CGCGCUCAAGGUUGUGUGCGGCUGUGCGGGCUUCCCACCCCUGUUAAGAGCUCUCGCGGGGCGUUUUACCAUGCCUCCCACCCGAGACCCUUUCCAGCAGCCUAUGUUGGAUAACGAUGAUUCCUACGUGGGGAAACUGAGGGCUUCCAAGCAACUGCCGUGUAAGAACCCGCCUCACCUCGCUCAGCAACAGGAGCCCUGGAAUCGGCUCAGCUCAACUCAAACGAUCACCUCCAUGAGGCGGAAUGCUUAUUUUUUUGAAUCUGAGAUACCCAAGGACGAUCUGGAUUUCCGCUUAGCAACCUUGUACAACCACCACACGGGGGCGUUCAAGGACAAAAGUGAGGUCCUGAUACACCAGGAGACCUCUCAGGACACGCACGGAAGCAUCAAGCUCCAGUUCCCUGAGGUUUUACCCCCUCCCUCACCACCCCCCACCACGUCCCGAGCUAACAUCAGACACUGGAUCAACCCUAAGAAGGAAUCCAUCCACAGCAUCCAGGGGUCCAUAGUGUCCCCUCACACUGCAGCCACCAAUGGAGGCUACUCCCGAAAAAACGAUGGUGGCUUCUUCUCCGCCUAAUGGUGACAGGCCCCUGGACUAAUUAAUGAGAGUGGAACAUCAUCCUGCCGCCCACCUGCAUUAAAAAUUCUUGUGCAAGAUGA